AUGGAAGAACUAUGGAAGGACAGCAAUAUACUUUACAACAUCCUCUGUUUCCUUAUAACGGAAAAUGAAAAGCUUUUCGACAGGAGCGACUCGAGAUUAUAUUGGAAAACCGUCUUCCACGCGUUCUCUAUCGUUCACCACGUGUACAUAUCUUUGUUCUCGUUAAACUUGGAGUUGGAGAACCAUCCUCAUGUGGAGGUACAGGCCCUUUACACCUUCAGGGCGGCCUAUCUGACCGGAUGGAAUUUCGCUUUCCAAACUCUAUUCCUGACACUGUCGCUGGCGAACGACGUGCUGGAAUGGUUUGACAAACACGAGAACCAUUUGGCGGAGCGUCUGCGGUACUGGCGCGACGUCAUCUUCUCCGGGCUGGUGGUCCCGUUCACCCUGUUCGUCUCUUCAAUGUUCUGGUGCGUGUACGCGGUGGACCGCGAGCUCGUCUUCCCCAAAGCGUACGACAACGUGGUGCCCUGGUGGUUCAACCACUGCGUGCACACCAACAUUUCCGUGGUGGUGCUGGUGGAGACCCUGCUGCAGGCCAGGCGGCGGCCGCGUGACUUCAAGAAGGAGAUCUCAUUGGUCAUUAUAGUGGACAUCGCCUACGCCAUAGUCCAAGCUCCGAGACUAGCUUUAGAUAUCACGGCUCUGUACCUACGGCAAGGGUCUAAAGGCUGGUCAAUUCUGACUCAAAUGGCUUCCCUCUUCCAGUUCGUCUCUUCAAUGUUCUGGUGCGUGUACGCGGUGGACCGCGAGCUCGUCUUCCCCAAAGCGUACGACAACGUGGUGCCCUGGUGGUUCAACCACUGCGUGCACACCAACAUUUCCGUGGUGGUGCUGGUGGAGACCCUGCUGCAGGCCAGGCGGCGGCCGCGCGACUUCAAGAAGGAGAUCUCAUUGGUCAUUAUAGUGGACAUCGCCUACGCCAUAGUGUACUACGGGAUCUACGCGUGGACGGGCAGAUGGCUGUACCAGAUCUUCGGCAUAAUGAACUGGUGGCAGGUCUGCCUGUACCAGGUGUUGAUAUGGCUGUCCUCGUUCGUCUUCUACUGCGUCCAGUUCCCGGUCAACAGGCUCGUGCACGGGGAGGCCGAGGAGGCGGAGGAGGCGGACGCCGCCGGGCCCGGCCACGUGGCCGAGGAGGUGCUCACCAAGGAGGGGCCGCUGGAGGCGGACAAGGCCCCCCUCCCGCCCAAAUCGUGGAGCCUCAAGUACAGGACGGGCCGGGGCCAAUUCGAGAACUCCCAUCUG